CCAGCCGGGGGUCGAUUCCACGACCUUGAUAUCAAGACCUGGGCGGAAAUCAAUAGUCGAUGCUUAACCGACUGAGCCACCCAGGCGCCCUCAUAUGUCUCAUCUUGAUCCCUUGUUGUCCAUGCAUUCAAUAAUGGAGGAACCUGAUGCUCAAAGAGGUGAAGGGUCUAGCACUUCAGAAGCAUUUUACCCAGUGCACGUAUAGAACCAACAAAUUAGCAACGGGAGGAGCGAGUGAGUGACCAGCUAGGAAUCCUAUCUCACGCGGGCCCCACUCACCGGCCUGGGGAAGCUGUCACUUGGACUUCAAGGCGCAUGUGCAGUCUGGCUCCUGGAAGCGGUCCUAUCACGUGAUCUUUGCGCGCCUCUCACAUGACCUCUCUCCCAGAGGCGGGGACCUUGGGCCAAGAUGGCGGCUUACCUGCAGUGGCGGCGCUUCGUUUUCUUCGACAAGGAGCUGGUGAAGGAGCCGCUAGGGAAUGAUGGGGCAGCUCCUGCGGCUGCACCUGCCUCAGGACCCGCUGCUUCCAAGUUCCUCUGCCUCCCUCCCGGCAUCACUGUCUGCGACUCCGGCCGAGGGAGCCUAGUCUUUGGAGAUAUGGAAGGCCAAAUCUGGUUCUUGCCUCGCUCCCUACAGCUGACAGGCUUCCAAGCCUACAAACUGCGGGUGACACACCUGUACCAACUGAAGCAGCACAAUAUUUUGGCAUCUGUUGGUGAAGAUGAAGAAGGCAUCAACCCCCUGGUAAAGAUCUGGAACCUGGAGAAGAGAGAUGGUGGCAAUCCACUCUGCACCCGAAUCUUCCCUGCCAUCCCAGGAACAGAGCCGACAGUUGUGUCUUGUUUGACUGUCCAUGAAAAUCUCAACUUUAUGGCCAUCGGUUUCACAGAUGGCAGUGUUACAUUGAACAAAGGAGACAUUACCCGGGACCGGCAUAGUAAGACCCAGAUUCUGCACAAGGGCAACUAUCCUGUAACUGGGCUGGCCUUUCGCCAAGCGGGAAAAACCACUCAUUUGUUUGUUGUGACAACUGAGAAUGUUCAGUCCUAUAUAGUUUCUGGAAAGGAUUACCCUCGUGUGGAGUUGGACACCCAUGGUUGUGGCCUGCGCUGCUCAGCCCUAAGUGACCCUUCACAGGACCUGCAAUUCAUAGUGGCCGGAGAUGAAUGUGUCUAUUUGUACCAGCCUGAUGAACGUGGGCCCUGCUUUGCCUUUGAGGGCCAUAAACUCAUCGCUCACUGGUUUAGAGGCUACCUUGUCAUUGUCUCCCGUGACCGGAAGGUUUCUCCCAAGUCGGAGUUUACCAGUAGGGACUCACAGAGCUCCGACAAGCAGAUUCUCAACAUCUAUGACCUGUGCAACAAGUUCAUAGCCUAUAGCGCCGUCUUUGAGGAUGUAGUGGAUGUGCUUGCUGAGUGGGGCUCCCUGUACGUGCUGACGCGGGAUGGGCGGGUCCACGCACUGCAGGAGAAGGACACACAGACCAAACUGGAGAUGCUAUUUAAAAAGAACCUAUUUGAGAUGGCCAUCAACCUGGCCAAGAGCCAGCACCUGGACAGUGAUGGCUUGGCCCAGAUCUUCAUGCAGUAUGGGGACCAUCUCUACAGCAAGGGCAACCACGAUGGGGCUGUUCAGCAGUAUAUCCGAACCAUUGGAAAGUUGGAGCCGUCCUAUGUGAUCCGCAAGUUUCUGGAUGCCCAGCGCAUCCACAACCUGACCGCCUACCUGCAGACCCUGCACCGGCAGUCCCUGGCCAAUGCCGACCACACCACCCUGCUGCUCAACUGCUAUACCAAGCUCAAGGACAGCUCGAAGCUAGAGGAGUUCAUCAAGACAAAGAGUGAGAGUGAAGUCCACUUCGAUGUGGAGACAGCCAUCAAGGUCCUCCGGCAGGCCGGCUACUACUCCCACGCCCUCUACUUAGCUGAGAACCAUGCCCAUCACGAGUGGUACUUAAAGAUACAGUUAGAAGAUAUCAAGAAUUAUCAGGAAGCCCUCCGGUAUAUCGGCAAGCUGCCUUUCGAGCAGGCUGAGAGCAACAUGAAACGCUAUGGCAAGAUCCUCAUGCACCAUAUACCAGAGCAGACGACCCAGUUGCUGAAGGGGCUCUGUACAGACUAUCAGCCUAGCCUCGAAGGUCGAGGCGAUCAGGAGGCCCCAGGCUGCAGGGCCAACUCUGAGGAGUUCAUCCCCAUCUUUGCCAAUAACCCUCGAGAGCUGAAAGCUUUCCUGGAACACAUGAGUGAGGUCCAGCCCGACUCACCGCAGGGCAUCUAUGACACGCUUCUGGAGCUGCGACUGCAGAACUGGGCCCACGAGAAGGAUCCCCAGGUCAAAGAGAAGCUUCAUGCAGAGGCCAUCACCCUGCUAAAGAGCGGCCGCUUUUGCGACGUCUUUGACAAGGCCCUGGUCCUUUGCCAGAUGCACGACUUCCAGGAUGGGGUCCUUUACCUCUACGAGCAGGGGAAGCUGUUCCAGCAGAUCAUGCACUACCACAUGCAGCACGAGCAGUACCGUCAGGUGGUGGCUGUGUGCGAGCGCCACGGGGAGCAGGAGCCCUCCCUGUGGGAGCAGGCGCUCAGCUACUUCGCCCGGAAGGAGGAGGACUGCAAGGAGUACGUGGCCGCUGUGCUCAAGCACAUUGAGAACAAGAACCUCAUGCCGCCCCUACUAGUGGUGCAGACGCUGGCCCACAACUCCACAGCCACCCUGUCUGUCAUCCGGGAUUACCUGGUCCAAAAACUGCAGAAACAGAGCCAGCAGAUCGCACAGGAUGAACUCCGGGUGCGGCGGUACCGAGAGGAGACCACCCGCAUCCGCCAGGAGAUCCAGGAGCUCAAGGCGAGUCCAAAGAUCUUCCAGAAGACCAAGUGCAGCAUCUGUAACAGUGCCUUGGAGUUGCCCUCCGUCCACUUUCUCUGCGGUCACUCCUUCCACCAACACUGCUUUGAGAGUUACUCGGAAAGUGAUGCCGACUGUCCCACCUGCCUCCCUGAAAACCGGAAGGUCAUGGAUAUGAUCCGGGCCCAGGAACAGAAACGCGAUCUGCACGAUCAGUUCCAGCACCAGCUCAAGUGCUCCAACGAUAGCUUCUCUGUGAUCGCGGACUACUUUGGCCGAGGUGUUUUCAACAAAUUGACUCUGCUGACCGACCCUCCCGCGGCCCGGCUGACUACAAGCCUGGAGGCUGGACUGCAGCGGGACCUGCUCAUGCACUCUAGGAGGGGCACUUAAGCAGCUCGGGGGGGUGAGGUGUGAGAGUGGGGGUGCAGCAGUGGAGACUCGGGGGACAGAGGCAGGGCUGUUGCACAGGAGUCAGGCACACGUGCCCAGGACUACACCCUGAUCCAACGCCAUAGCCCUCAGGAGUAAAGGGGACUUUCUUUUUCUCCUUCCUUCUUUGGCCAGCCCACCAUUCCUCCUGUUGACUUUUCGAGCAGUGUGGAUCAUUCCAGACCAGCGGGGGAGGGCACCUCAGCAACCUCUGAGUAUGAACAAUAGCUGCUUUAUUCUCUCUCCAAGAGCACCAGGCUGUGCUUGGGUCCUUGCUCCCAGAGUCUAUAAAUAAAAGAAUAUAAUAGUUUGGAGGUUGAAGGGUUUAUUCUGGGGACUUCAUGGUGAUUCGUAGCUGUGCAAACUGUACCUUUCCUCUGCUCUGGAGGACCCCUGCUUCCUUUCCUGCACAGUUCCUUGAAGACCGUGUUGGACAAAACCUCAUUCCAGUAGUGGGUGGAGCCUGUGGCACCUGGUAGACUUUGAUUUAGGAAUCUCUGCAAAAGGCCUGAUACCUUUCUGCUCCAAGAGCAGCCUGGACCAAGGUACCCAAAACAGCACCCGCUCUGCAGCCUGGCUGGUUUCUGUGGCUCUCGUGUCAAUCACAUAUUCAAGCAGGAGGCAGACUCUGGUGGGGAUCCUGGAGUUGAGGCCUGCCUUCCCAGCGGUAGGUUGGUGUCUUGCUGGAUUUAGUACCAGGUGAUAAGUAGGAUAAAGAGCCCUUUGCCCUUGACUAAAACAUUUAUUUCCAACCUCUUCAAAGUUGCCAACUGAAGUUUGUGUUGCUAGGUGUCUGCCUAUAAUUUGCGUUACACUGCCUGUCAGAAAAUUGCUCUGGGGCACCUGAGUGGCUCAGUUGGUUAAGCAUCAAACCCUUGGUUUUUGGCUCAGAUCUUGAUUUCAGGGUUGUGAGUUCAAGCCCUGCAUUGUGCUCCAAGCCCAGCAUGGAGCCUACUUAAAACAUUUUUUUAAAAGGAAAACUGCUCCUAUGGGGCUGCUUAGCCCAAGAAAGUAACCUUGGACAUUGUGCUUUAGGUAGUAUUCAGAAGAGGUAGAGUACACUAUAUUUAUAGUGGCUAAAAAUAGAGACUUUGGGUCAGCUGACCCAAGUUUGAAUCCUAGUUUGAUUUAGAGCAUCUUUUACCUCCUCUGAGCCUCAGUUUCUUCAUCUGUACAUCAGGAAUGAGAACACCUUCCUCCUACAGCUGUUACGAAGGCCAAAGGAGCAAUCAGGUGUCCAGUUCUUUUGAUAGUGGUUAGCCCCCCCGGUGCUCAGUACAUGGUUAUUAAUACUGUUAGUGGAUAAAGCACUUUUCCUAACAUGCCCUUUCCCACUAACAUUAAUAAAGUGUUGGCACUCCCUCUUGA